UGCGUUUCAUUGUUUUUUUUAAUUAUUAUUUUUAUUAUCAUCACAACCUUUGGCACCUACUAUAAUACUACUAUUACGGUAAUAAAAUAGUUUAUUGUAUCCAAUUACACACGGCGUUAAUGAACGGUUUAGGUGUGCACAUACCACAGGUACGCGCAUACUUGAAGGGCCUAUUAAAAUGCAAUAGAGUAGUGCGUUCGAGCGAAAAGGCGGCUUUCUUAUUUUUUUUCCCCAUUUCAACCGUUCCUUUUUGACAAAACUAAAAUUUAUUCUAACAACAACACACACACACAAGCCGUACAUUAUCAUUUGAACUUUGGCCCAGCAAAAGUCAAUCGGAGGGAAAAAAAGGCUGGGCGUGUGCGGUUACUAUAAUAAUUGUUUCCGUUCGCUGUAUAAUCAUUAUUGUAAUAUUGUUUUGAUUCGGCCGUUUGUUACUGUCGUUGCGGUACCCUAAACGGCAGCACCAGCAGCAGCAGCAGCUUUUUUUUUCACCAUGAAGCACGUCCGCAGUAAAUUCAAAGGCUUUCAUAAACCAUUCAACAAGUGCUACGGGACAAUAAAUCCUUUUCCGGUACUACCGCCAAUUGAUUUCACUCCUCCACCCUACAAAGGCCCGUCGUACGAGAAGGCGCAGUCGAUGCAGGCGCAAAAUGUGUUCCCUCAAAGACAGAUGUACGAGGAACCGUUGUUGCUGUACACGGGCAAAAUGCAGUGGCUGUUUGACCACAACGGCAAACGGUAUUUGGACAUGUUCGGCGGCAUAGCUACGGUCAGCGUGGGACACUGUCAUCCACGGAUCACCAACGCCAUAGCCCGUCAGGCGGCCAACUUGAAUCACGUAUCCGCAGUGUACGAACACCCUAAGCUGUACGAGUACGUGGAGAAGUUAGUGUCGAAAAUGCCCGAAGAUCUCAACACCGUAUACCUGGUCAACAGUGGGUCGGAGGCCAACCAACUGGCGUUGCAGUUGGCUAGGUUGUACACGGGCAACCAAGACGUGGUGUCUAUCCAAAACUGUUACCACGGCGUGGCGGGAAGUCUACACGGGCUUACCGCCCUGUCGGCCACCAGGUACAACCAGCCGGUAGGCCAUUCGCUGCACCACACGAUGUGCCCGGACGUGUUCAAAGGCAUUUGGGGCGGCAAGAACUGUAGGGACUCGCCGUCGCAAACCUUGAGGGCUUGCAAAUGCAGCAAAAACAACUGCUGGGCUGCCGACAAGUAUUACGACCAACUGGAACAGCUGUUCACAUAUUCGCUGCCCCGAGCCCAAGUGGCCGGGUUUUUCGCCGAAUCCAUUCAGGGCGUCGGCGGCGUCGUCCAGUUCCCGAAGGGUUAUCUGAAAAAAGCGUACGAGCUGAUCAAAAGCAACGGCGGUCUGUGCGUGGCCGACGAGGUGCAAACCGGAUUCGGCCGGACCGGAGAGCAUUUUUGGAACUUUCAAUCGCACGGCGUCACGCCCGACAUAGUGACCAUGGCCAAAGGAAUAGGUAACGGGUUCCCCAUGGCGGCGGUGGUGACCACGUCGGAAAUAGCCAAAUCGUUGAACCCGGGAUUUCACUUCAACACGUUUGGCGGAAAUCCGGUGGCGUGCGCGGUGGGAAUCGAAGUGUUGGAGGUGAUCGAAGACGAGAAGAUGCAACAGAACAGUCUGGAAGUGGGCACGUACUUUAUAGAGAAACUGUGCGGCAUGAGGCGCGAAUGGUCGGUGAUCGGCGACGUGCGGGGCAAAGGGCUGAUGAUCGGGGUGGAGUUGGUGGACAAAAAACACGACGAGAGCGACACGGGAAUUCCCACCAGUCCUUUGAGCUCCAGAGCUAUUUCUCGCAUCAAAAACGACUGUUCCAAGAUGGGACUCCUCAUCGGCAUCGGCGGAGCUCGAUCCAACGUAUUGCGGUUUAUGCCACCCAUGUGCGUGACAAAGGACGAUGUAGAUUUCACCAUAGCAGUGCUGAGGCGUGCCUUGCAAAACUAUUACGAAGCGAAAUUUCGCAAUAACCUCUGAGUAUUUUUUUUUUUAUUAUUGUUAUAAUAUAUAAAAUAAGUUGAAAAUAUUUUUAAUAAAAUAAUAAUAUGUAUACGUUUUAUUGAAGUAUAAAAAAAGAACAAAGCAAAGUGUGAAAAUA